GCUAUCCUUCGUUCGGUGAACACGGCACGGAAAGAGGUUCGAACGGACGCGUGUCGAGCGUGGUGCAUGCAUGCACAGUAAUCAGGCGUAGACGGGAGUGAUUAUUUAAAAGCUGCGUGAGGGAUCAACAAAGAGAUGAACUAACGAACCUUGAUAUAAAAGAAAAAAAAAAAAAAAAAAAGAGUGUGAGAGAGAGAGAGAAGGAAUUUCUAUACGUUAUUCGUAACUGUGCUGCUGUUUCUACUGUUUGAUAUCUUUCAACAUAUAUAUACAUAUAAUUACACGUAUUCAGUUUCGUUCCCGUUGUAUUAUAUCUACAUUGUUUUUGUGCCAAUUGAUCAGGUGACUUAAUUGUUUAAUUGACAAUGAAUCGUGCCGUGUCUGCUGCUCUUCUCCUCGUCGUCAUCGUCGGUUUCACCGAUGCUGCCAGCACUGUCGAGUCCAGGAUUCGCGAUGACAACGAUUUAUCUCAGUUUUAUCAACUAUUGGAAGCAAGUCGAGUGGCGAACAAUACGUUAAUGUACAGACAAGUGACAGUUUUUGCUCCGACGAACAAGGCCUUCCAAAACUACUUCGGAAACACCGAUGAUUUGGUUCUCUACCAUAUGUCCAAUCUCGCCUUGACAACGGACGAAUUCUCGACUUCGAUUCUGUCGGAACUUACGGGAAGCCCGCCGCUGUGGGUGACGCGAAAAACCGGAAGCUAUCGCCCCGAGAUCUACAUCAACAACGCCAAAGUUCUUAUAGAGCGUAGCAACUACCAGUCGAGCAUCCCUGGUAACAGCGGAGGAUCGGAGGAAAAACAGGUGCUCCACAUAAUUAAUGAAGUCCUCGAACCGGUACGAUCCAACCCGACAGCUCAGCCGAUUUAUAAUCCAGAUGCCCUCCAGUUCCUGAACCAGAGUGAGAAUCUAAACUUGGGACAGCAUCGUAUACGCUAUUUCCGCCAACGAGUUCAUCUGAUGCACAAGGAGGAGGUAUUCAAAGCUGCCGGACAAUACACCUUCUUCAUCCCGGUUGAUGAGGGCUUCAAGCCGGCUACUCGAUCUGGUAAAAUCGACCAGAAAGUUAUCGACGGUCAUGUAAUCUCUGGUCACGCGCUCUUCACAGCGCCUACUCCGAACGAUAAGGACUACAAGACGCUCGCCUUCACUGACAACAUAAAAGUCACCGUCAGUUUCCUCACCGAAAAUGACGGCAAGGAUACAAGAACCUACAUCAAGUCGAACACAUUGGUUGGGGACAACACCCAUGCAACCGGAGUCGUCCUGGCCGAAAUCGUAAAGGCAAAUAUUCCAGUAAAGAACGGAGUCGUCCACCUGAUUCAGCGACCUUUGAUGGUCGUGGACACGACGGUUACGCAGUUUCUUCAGUCUUUCAAGGGCAUCGACAAGGAGGACGGACCAGUUUACAAAUUUUACGAAGCAAUUAUGGACGUCGGAACAGAUUUCCUAAACGACAUCACUAGACAGCGACAAGUUACGUUGUUCGCACCCAGCAAUGCGGCAUGGGAGGAUUCGAGCUUGCAGCACAUUCGCCAGGACAAGAAACGAAUGCUGGAAAUAUUGAAGUUGCAUUACGUGAGGGAGCAGCUGCCGCUGGAAAAGAUUUUGAAGAACAACAAGAACCUCCAGAUUGCAAGCAUCGGACGAAAACCCUGGGAGAUAUUUCAGGUCGCAACGGCGGCUGAGCGAAAAAGUCUUUACUUCAACGUAGUUCAAGGACCGAGUGGGAACGAGACGAUCACCGUCGAAGGAGGCGGCGUCAAUGCAACCGUUAUCACGCCGAACAUCGCGGCUACGAACGGGAUUAUUCACAUUAUCGACAGAGUUCUCGGUGUUCCUUACACAACGAUACAGGAGAAGCUGAGGACCGACCCGAUGCUGAACUCAACCUAUUUCCUUGGGCAGCGGCGAGGUUUCAACAACCAACUGAACGACACGAGGAAGCGUUUCACUUACUUUGUGCCCCGUGACUUCGCCUGGAAAGCAGCCGAAAUCAAAUUUCCUUCGACUUACAAGAAGCUGUUUAUGCCCGAAUACUCUUACCACGCUGAGCAGAUAUUGCAGCGACACCUGGUGGUAGCCGACCAGGCCUAUACGAUGGCGAAGCUGAAAGACAUGUACUUCAAUGACACCGUGAUCCUGCCGACAAUGAGAGAUACCUUGAAACUACACGUGAAGGAAGUUGGCGAAAGCUACCACGUCCAGUGGCAGAACGAAUGGAUCCACGUUUUCCGUCCAGACGUCGAGUGCACCAACGGUAUAAUUCACGUUAUCGACGGUGUAUUCCUGAAGGACAGCGACGUACAGGUGAACGGAAGUGCGUCGUUAGCUACGUUCGGACCCCACUUAAUUAUGAUUCUCAUAGCCAAGUGGUUGCUGUAAGUUUGGACGAGGGAAGAAAGGAACGAGAUUUUCAAAAAAAUAUAUUAUACGACGAGAAACAGAAGGUGAAAUAACAAUUGUAAACCAAUGGCUAUGUCAAUAGUGUAUCUCGAGGCUGAGUGAUUUGAGUUGCGUUCGAGAAUGCCCAGCGAACGUUAUAAACUUGAAACGGCUGAUCUUUGCUCGAGUGAAUAUCCAAUUUCUUCGUCCAGUCGAACUCAACGUUACUCGCUAGAUUUUUUUUUUUUAUUUUUUUUUCGUUGUAAAGUACAGAGAGACGGGGAAAAAGUUGCGUCGAAAGUUUCACGUAAGAAGUUUAACCGGUAAUCUAUACCCUUCACACCUGAUGAACGUAUAAUAUUCCAAUGAUCGGAGAAAUUUCCUGUGACAAGGACCGAAAGAUGAGGUAGAAACGGUGCACAGGACUGAUUCACCUCCCCCCCUCCCCCGCCCCACAUUCUUCUCCUACCUCGCAAAAUUCAUUCCUUCGUUCACGCCGCCUCGCAUACAUGUACCUGUUACGUAUCGCAGCCCGUACGAUUAACUCUUGAAUUUCUUACGUAUAACAAAGUUGUGUUUAAAAAAUAUUUUCCCUUGAGAUAUACAUCGAGCCACGUGAGUAAGGAUUCAAACACUGUAUGGGAAAUUGACACGAGACAGAUUAUACGUAUAUGAAUACGUACGAUCGGCAAGGAUUACAGGAAUCUCUCGCGUUAUUUUAAACGAAAAACAAAAUAUGAGUGACGAGAAGAAUAUAUACAUAUAUAUAAUUAUAAAUACAAAUAAAACAAUAGUAAUAAUGAAUGAUAUAAUGAUAAUAAUAAUUGUAAUUGUAAUGAAUACGAUGAUAAUAAAAUUAAUGAUAAAAAUAUUGUUAACAAUACUAAUAACGAUAAUCGCUCAGCCUCAAGCGAGGUUAUAGCCUAUUAUUUAUUCGGAAUUGUCCGGGGGACGAUUCUACGGGUUAGUUAUAAUCGUACCAAGUAGAUAGGUAUUACCUAUAACGAGUAUAAAAUCAUCGCGAGAGAAAAAAAUUUCAAUAAAAAGAACAGAAGGUGUACGGAGCUAGAGGAUCGAUGAACAUUUCUCGAAGAAUUUUAAUUAAGUUUCUGACGAACGGUUCUCUGCACUAUGGUUCUGGUGAUCCAUUUGCACGAAUUGCGAGCCUUGUGGCUUUGUGAUCGCGACGGGCGUAACCGCUAUAUAUAAUAUUAUAACAGAGGUUUCCGUACGUUACAACAUAUAUUGAAAACUUUAACAUAUUGACGAUGUUUCACAAUUUAUAUAAUUAUAAAUGUAUCACUCGAUUCGGGAAGAGCAGGAUAUUAGUAUUGCUCGUGUAACCGUUAACCGAUUCAGGGAUGAAAAAAGCCACAACUGACAUACACCGAAUUCACACGAACUCAACAAUUCGGUGUUUCCCGGUCGUCUGGUGAUUCGUAACGUUUCUACUUAUAUACUACUAUAAUAGAAUACUGCCAGACUAAUUAUUGUCACUUUUGUAUAAAAAUGAAAUCCACGUAUUCAUCAUUCCGCAUAUGUAAAUUUGUCGGUAUUUAUACAUACCAUGUGCUAUCGGUGUGUAUGUCUAACUAAAUUAAUACAUAUAUAUGGGUAAAUGACACUGACAUUUGUGCGGCAUUUCGUUAUGAUCAGAACAAUUUUUUCGGUGGUUUCGCUGGAAAUCGGAUUUCUUUAUGAGAAUUUAUUUAUUUUCUUUCAUUUAUCCCAAAGACUUUAUUUGUACAUUUGACAUUAUUACACAACUUUUUGCAGUAAUUGGCAUGAUUUGAAAAAAUGAUGACUGAAUAUAUGCGUGAAAUUGAAUUACAAGUACGUCUUGAUUAUUUCAUAAAAUUGCGAUUGUUACGUGAAAGUCUUUUGGUCUGACGUUCUAUUGUUUUAUAGUUCGAAUAUUGUAAUAUACGGAUAUUCGUACCGUAUUUUUGACCAGUUCGACUGCAUCUCGACAUAACGUAUGCCUCCGGCUAUGAAAUGAGUACGUAACUGAAUAUAAUGAAUAAAUUGAAUUGAAAAUAAUAUGUCGAAUCGGUAUACCAUGUAUAAAGUGAGAAAAGGUGGUGCAAAAAGGUAGAAAAAAAAAAAAUUAACAGACAAUGAAUAAAAAAGUUUUACGGUUCGUGUCCAAAAAUCAAAUAAACUCGACCAACUGUAGGCUAGAUGAAAAUAUAUCAUGCGCUUCAUGUCUCAUCGACUCGCGAUAAGAACGUGUAAAUUAACGAAACUGCAAAAUAUAAUAAUGAAUUAAAAAAAAAUUAUUCGGAGGUAGACAGAAGAAAAAUAUAGACUGUGAACACGUGAAUUAUGUGGAAAAUCACCCAAUGGCCAGAUUCAGUUCAUCCGUAUAGAUGGACUUGAAUAGAUAAAUUGACAACAAUUAUUGAAUCUGGCGCCGGUAGUUCAGCGCGUUUCGCAUAUUCAUUUUCACCAAGAAAUAUAAUUAAAAGAAGAAAAUAAAAAACAAAUAAUCAAUAUUACGUGUUGAUAUCAAUCUAUACAUAUAUAUAAUAUAUAAUAUACAGAGAUAUAUUGAAGAAGAAAGUACGAUUGAAGAAUGAAAAAGAAAAAAGAAAAAAAGAAAUGCUAUCAAAUACUAACUUACUUGUUGUUGGAAUAAAUAAUUAUUAAUUAUAUUAUGUAUAGGUACAUAAACUCUAUGAAUUAAAAACUGUUUGUUCGUUAGGUCAAAAGAAAUAGUAGAACUCUAUCUCUCUGUAUAAUAGAUGUAUUUGAAUGUUUGGCUUUUUACAUACAUUAUAAAUUGGAAUACAUUAAUCCAUACAUACACAUUUAUAAAUAGUUGUGGGGGUCGAGCCAUGCUAUAGAGUACGAAUCGCCAAGUUUGUAUCGUUAAAUAUUGCGAGGUCCUAACAGUCUGUAUCUUCGAUAAUUAACUCAUUAUAAAUAUGCAGUACUCGCUGAUCAUUCAUCUCAUAGUUACCAAAAUCUACCUUUAAGGAAACGAAAUCGUGAAUUUUUACCAACCGAGCUCAUCACAAGACAGUAGAGUCACAUACAUACACAAAAUUUGUUGAACUUAUCGAAAAUAGCGAGGAUCAUGUUAUUUUUGCUUCAAAUAAAUAUGGUUUGGCUCGAUAACACAAAUUAUUGGUGUUCACAUUACUUUGUUGCCGUGUCAAAUGACGUUUCUUUGAAUCGAAAAAGACAAAAAAAUAUUUCUAUCGCAAUAUUUGCUAAAGUCAACAAAUCCUUUCUCUGUUUACACCGACCAAAUCUUGUUAUCGUAUUCAACGUUGCACUUACGUUUAUUUGUCAAUUAUCACUGACCCGUCAUUGAUGAAAUCAUACUCUAAACGAAAGAAACAUCUCACGAUUACGUAGUCCGAAAAUAAGAAAGAAUUCCAGAGCAACAUUUUUUGUCACGAUAUAAAAAAUUGAAAUCAAUUCAUUCCGUUUCACACAUGUGAGUAUUCCUAUGAAUUUCGUACUGCGAUGGCAAUUUCGCUACGUCAAAUCUUUAUUAAAUAUCAAAACGCCCGUGUUUUGAAUUUCACAUAUUUACUGUUAUAUUGCGCAUAUUAUACGAUGAGCAGAAAAGACGUCCACUUCAAGACUUACGUAUUAUUCAAUUUCAGCGUUGGAUUUGUCUCACUGCGAAAUGACAUGAAGACGAAAAAAAUAUCGAUACAUAACUCUAUGUCAUCGUCAUUAUUUGUACAUUUUGUAGAUAUAACGGUACUGCUUGUUAAGGGCAUAUAAUUAUGGUAAAUAUUAAAAGCUGGUGUUUAGAAAUGAACGUUAGUAAAUGGAAUAAUUAUAUAAUAAAAUAAUACCGCCAAUCUCAUCGCAACCUGGCGUGUGAUUCAUCACGUUGAAGUAUAUUUAAGGGGGUGCCCUGAUCGAUUUCGACGCUAAUCUGCAAAUAUCGGUGUCUACGUAUCUCGAACGCGAAAAAGGGCAGCCCCAGUCUAUACGCAAUUCUGAACAAAAGCACUCCAAUACAUUUUCAUCUGAGGCAGAAAUGAAGAAAUGGCAUGAAUUCUACGAAUUUACCAAAGCGAUUUCGUCGAAUGAAAAUGUUUAGAAGUAUUUUUGUUCAGAAUUACAUAUAGAAUAGGCCUAUCAAACCCGUUUUCAGGUUUGCGAUACGUAGACUUCGAUAUUUGGAGAUAUGUACGUCAACGUCAACAUCGACCAGGGCACCCCCUUAAAUUCCCAAAGCUGUUUUUUUUCCUCGUAAAUUUGAUUGAACUGUCGCGAAUUGUAAUCAGAACUGUUUUGUGAAUGCAAAGAUUUCUUUUGCACCGAAGUAUAAUGUGCGUAACUGCACGCUACAUUCCGGUUCUAAAAAUCAGAGAAACGAAGAAGAAGUAAGCAUUCACGAAUUAUAAUAUCUCCUCCUAUUUGUAUGCAAUUUGGGUGGAUCAAUUUUGAGUUUUAUUCACGCAAGCACGAUGAUGAUCUGAUAGUGGUCGCAAAAUGAACGCCAAAAAAGGGAUAACAAAGAUUUGAGAACUUUAAUACUCUUUCCUACCACACAUUAUUGUGUAUGCUGAAUAUUCGUGCGGAAUGACGAUAUUUAUUAUAUUACACAACAUACAUGCUAACAUUAGGAUUUUAUUACUACAGUAUUUGAGUGAUUUAUUUAUAAUAUAAUACGCGUACUGUUAAUUGACAUAAUUAUAUACAUAUGAAAGCACGAAAGAACGUCAAGUAUGUGUCAAAUCUUCAGUGCUUUUUCCAGCUUUUAUUAUGUUAGAACUUACGAUUUAUUUCCCGCGUAAAGUAAUGCAUUAUUUAUAUCGAUUGAUAAUAAAUAAAGAAAAUAAAAAAUACGCUCCGAGAAAAUACUAAGAAACUUGGCAAAAUCAUUCCGUAAGAUCACUUCAAGAGUUACUAUUGUGAAGCAAUCAAUAAAAUAAUGCAUGUCGUGUCACACAUUUUUUUCAACCGUCAAGAUAUGGUAUACAGAUAGAUAAAUUCGCGUAAUUAAAUGAAGUUUCGACCACGGAUCAUACCUUCAAUAUGAAUACCUAAAAUGAAUAUUAAUCGGCGCAAAACUCAAGUGCCGGAGUAAGAGGUAUCGCAUGUGCAAAUAAUGUGUGAAUGAUGUAUGUAUAAUGUAUAUCCUCGACGUUAAUACCAUGAACUGUGUUAAAGAGUAGGCAAAUGAGUAAUUAGGAAUUAAUCGAAACCCCGUAUUUCGUCGGCAAAAAUGAUUGUCGGUGCGAUUAAGGUUUAUAACAAGUAAAUAAUAAUAAUAAUAAUAAUAACAAUAAUAAUAAAAUUGAAUAGUUGUGAUGAAUAUCCUUUUUCUCCUAUAGUCACCUACAUUAUACUUUUCAACUUACACGUCUUACCCGCAACGAUAUAAUCGUUUCGUCACGUAAUCAAACUGCAUAAUGCAUUCAUGUAAUCACACGAUUUGAAAAUUAACUAAUUCGAUACUCAAAGAAGCCUUUCAAAUGAUACCGAUUUUGUAAUUAGCAUUAGAUCGUGAAAUGGAAAUUAUAAUGGAACGAACGCGGAAUAAAAUCACGUCACAAUAUAAGUUAUUUGGAGCAGGGGAGAUUUUGAACCGCAAAACGAGUAGGAUCUACAUCUAGUAAUCAUUUCCUAACGGUCAUCUCAAAGGCGUCUUUGCAAAAUAUUACACAUGCAUGACGUACUCGGUGGGCUAUCGUCAUCCGCUUCAUGUACUAUCGGUUGAUUAUAUUACAAUUUACAUAUAACAUGUAAGAUAAGGGUAAGGAUCGAAAAGAUUCAAUUCAAAUUUCGGACGAAUAUAUAAAAUAAUUAUUAAGUAAUUUCGUAUGUUCCGAGUCAGCUAUGUAAGUCUAAUAAAUUAACGGUAUAAAAUAAAUGAAAAUAAACAAUAAUUAAUUAUUUAUUAGAUAUGUUACUAGAGAAAUCAAAUUUACGUAAAUGUACCACAGAUCUAUUUGUAUAAAAUGCAUUUAUUUCAAAUAUUAUGAUAUUAUACUGUAUUUAAUUGCGAUUACGAUAAAAUUAGGUAUAUAUUUUAGAUAAUUAUCAAUUAAUAACUAUACUUUGAUUAUAGGGCUAAUCUAUGGUUAUCUUUAUUGUAACGUUUGUUUAAGUACGGAUCAGGCACGAAUGGUUUUACGAAAAAAGAUUCUGUGCAUUUUUCGCCAUUUAUAAUUAUAGACUCUUGUUCGUAAACAGGAUUUGACUAUUUUUUGAAACAAGUGGUGACAAAAUGAGAAUUCAAAAUCAAAUAGUGCGCAACAGAGUUACAUUCACAAAAUAUCAGCGUUAAGGUUCGUUGGCAAUAAAGACGUUUAAAUCAAUGAUAUUACCGGUAGAUUCGAUAUAUCAAUAGUAAUAUUGUCGGCACUUCCACUUGUUCAAUAUUUCCAUCCGAAAUAAUUUUUCAAUCUCAGGCACAGCAUCACGAAUGCGACAAAUCGUACGUGAAAAGUUUAGCUUCGGUGCGUUAUGGAAUAAUGUUUAAUUAACGAAAUUUUGAAACGUGCCCCCUUGUUUCGAAAAAUAUCAUAAACAUAGUCUUUUUGCCUUAAGACACUUUGUGAACCGAUGCUUUUACUGUAUAAUUUUAUGAAAAAAAAUAAAGAACACCUAAAGUUUAA